GGCAAGAUGAAGCUUAUUGGGAUGGGGAGCCCAUCCAUCUUCUUGGUCAAAUUUAUCGUCAGUAUCCACUUCGAUAACUUUGAAAAUACAAUUAGCAUUCUCAAAUGCUUGAGAAGAAUGGUGGGGAAAGCAAGAUAAAAACAAGAUUUUUCAGUCACUGAAUUUCCAUAAAUGACAUCAUGAAUUAUAUAUUGCUGUUGCUAAGGAGAUGUGAGAAGUACGUAUGAGAAGGAAACAAAGAAAUUGAUUGCAUCGAAGAUGAGUAGUCACAGGCUUUGGAGAACCAUUCUGCCUUUUGAGUUGUUAUGAUCAGUUCUCUAGAGUAACAAAGACAUAUCAGUCUUCUAAAAAUACCUAAUCAUUUACCCAUUCAGCAGAGAACAAAGAAAAGAUCAGUGCAGUGCUCAUAGCCCUCUUCCAUUUCGCAGCACAAAGGAUGAGGGGCCUUUUCCCGCCAUAUUUACUGAGACUAUUUACCACCCCUCCUUGUUUGUUCCAUGAGACCAUACCCAGUCUCCAGAAUUUGAAGAUUCUACCUUGAAAAGUCUCAAAUAGGAAAUGACUCUUCUCUAAGUUAACAACUAAUUUCCAGUCAGUGAGUAAUUUUUUUCCUGAAACUUCCACUCAGUGGAAAACAAAUGAAGAGGGGAAAACUUAAGUAAACAAAUCUGAAAAAGAGGCCACGACACACAGAGAUGGAGGUACUUCUAAACUUACCCGUCAAAGAGAGCAGGAGCUUCAGGUUUAUCUCAAACAAAACCGUGAUUCUGACCAGCCCCUGACUGAGCCUCACCCCAUGAAUGACUUCCAGGGCCUCUGGCUCUUUGGGACUAAAGGAGAAAAUUAUUUUUAGCACAACUAUUUGGAAACCUCUGAGAACUUGGAUCUCUUUUUCUGUCUGGUACCAAAGCAAGUUUUUCGCUGAAGCUCUCAUGAAAGAUCCCCAGUGUCUUGUGGAUUUAGAAUCCUGGAGCAACCCACCAACCCAGAGCAAGAGCCAAAGAUGUUUAUCUUGCUCUAUGUUACAAGUUUUGCCAUUUAUGCAAGUGGACAGCCUCGGGGUAAUCAGUUCAAAGGAGAGAGCUACUCCCCAAGGUAUAUCUGUACCAUCCCUGGCUUGCCCGGACCUCCAGGACCCCCUGGAGCAAACGGUUCCCCAGGGCCCCAUGGUCGGAUCGGCCUUCCAGGACGAGAUGGUAGAGACGGCAGGAAAGGAGAGAAAGGUGAAAAGGGGGCUGCAGGUUUGAGAGGUAAGACUGGACCACUGGGCCUUGUUGGAGAGAAAGGGGACCAAGGAGAGACUGGGAAGAAAGGACCCAUGGGACCAGAGGGAGAAAAAGGAGAAGUAGGUCCAGUUGGGCCUCCUGGAGCAAAGGGGGACAGAGGAGAGCAAGGGGACCCAGGGCUGCCUGGAGUUUGUAGAUGUGGAAGCAUUGUGCUCAAAUCUGCCUUUUCUGUUGGCAUCACGACCAGCUACCCAGAAGAAAGGCUACCAAUUAUAUUUAACAAAGUCCUCUUUAAUGAGGGAGAGCAUUACAACCCCGCGACAGGGAAGUUCAUCUGUGCCUUCCCGGGGAUCUAUUACUUUUCUUAUGAUAUCACAUUGGCGAAUAAGCAUCUGGCAAUCGGGCUGGUCCACAAUGGGCAGUACCGGAUAAAGACCUUCGACGCCAACACAGGGAACCAUGACGUGGCUUCGGGGUCCACAGUCAUCUACCUGCAGCCAGAAGAUGAAGUCUGGCUGGAGAUCUUCUUCACUGACCAGAACGGCCUCUUCUCAGACCCAGGUUGGGCAGACAGCUUGUUCUCCGGAUUUCUCCUAUAUGUUGACACAGAUUAUCUAGAUUCCAUAUCAGAAGAUGAUGAGCUGUGAUCAGGACUCAUGUCCUGAAUGUUCCAAGAUUCUUGUGGCAGACGCUUUGAUUUAAUCUGGGGCCCUGGAAGGUGGAGCAAGCAGAAAUGAGAUCCAAAAAGACUCCCACUCAGAUUCCAAAGCACUUACAGAGAAUUCUAGCAGCAUCUAUUAAAACAAGAUGAACCACCAAAUGGUUGAAACCACACCAAAAUGAAUUCUAUAAAACAAUAACCCCAGAUAAGAAUGCUCUCAAAAGCCAUGUUCAUAAAUAUUUAAACAAAUUAAAGACAAUGUUAACAGAUUUUCUAUUAAACUCCCUGAGUGAUAAAAUCAGCUGGCAAUGAUAUUGUCUCAUUAAAUCUUCAUAAAAUUACAUUUUUCCUUGCUAUUUAAGAGAAUCCUAACACCCUAGACAAAGUCUUUAACAAUUCUCAAAAAUCAAAAACUAGAGGUAAGAGAUACUGAGUAAUUUGAGGCAAGCUAAAGUGAAGGGAUAACUUCCUUUGUUUUAUUAUUCGUUCCUUCACAACCGUGUACGUAUUCACUCAACAACUCUUUAGGAGGCCUGUGUGACCCAGAGACUGUGGUGGUGGGUCAGAUUUAAUAGUGAGUUAAAACAAAAUCUCUGCCUUCAUACAGGCUGGUGUGUGAUGAGCAUACUGUCACAGUUCAGUGAGAGGAGCACCUGACAGACUGACUCAAAGUGGACGCACAUGGGAGCUGCUCUAUCCUGGAGAAGGGGGCCAGAGAAGUUUCACACAUGGAAAAAUGCUAAGAUUUCUAAGUUGUGUGUGGGAGGGAUACAAAGACAAACAUGAAUUCAGCAGCUGCAUUCACCCCCAAUCUCAUCCUCAAAACACCACUGGUAUUUGCCCUCGGGAAGAGGUAAAAAAAAAACUCAGAGAUAGAGGGGGUCCAGGAGGCAUAAUGGAAAUGAAGAGAAACAAGUCACUGAGAUCAGCCAGGAGGACAUUCUCCUAAAUCCUUUAGCUGGACAGUUACCCAAGACAAUUAUUAUUCCUCUUAGCUUGCACACGAAUGAGGCCACUACUUUACAUUGUCAGGAGGCAUUAUUUCUCAUGGAUUUCCAAGGUAUUGAAUUUAAGUAAAGGGAAGCAUAUGUCCACUUAUUUAUAGUGAACUGGUGGGGGUGAACAGGAGGAGGAAGGAGAGAGACCAGACAUCUGAGCAAAUAACCGUCCCUUCCAAGCCUCAUGGCUCCCACAGUCCCACCGUCUCUCGGGGUGGGCGUCUUUUUCCUCACUGCAACUCAGUUCCAGACCAUUCCAUCUCAGUCAGGGUUCUCUCCCAUCUGCCAUCCCCAUAGCUGACAGUGAUAGGAUGCCCUUACUCUCUUGCUUUUGGUGGCUUCUAGUCCUCCUUCCAUGUGUUCUCUCUUGGCUCAUUCAUUUGAUAAACAUUUUUUAUGCAGCGGCACAGCCCCUGCCACCCAAUUUCUAAGGACACGAGAAAGGAAAUAACAUGCAUACACAUACACAAAAUACCAGGAAUUCUGGAAAUGAGCAGGCUAAAAUAUGCUAAGUGCUGCACUGGACAUUGAGACAAAUGCUCUGGAAGAAAUGCUGAGAGGAACAGGUUUACUCUCAAAUUGAGGGGUGAGAGAGGAGGGUUUGGGAAAUCUCCUCUGUUCUCUGCACCUUCCGGGGUAGGUGGGACGUAGAGUGGCCAAAGUGGGGACAGAGGUAAUGAUGGGGACAAAGCAUGAAAGUAAGAACAGAGACCCAGAAGAGCCUCGAAUGCCAGCCUGACAAAUGUGGACUUCAUUUAUGAGGAACCAUGGAACACCUGUGUGUUCCCGAGCUGGGUGCUGCCAUGAUCAGAGGUGACACUGGCCGUGAUCCAGCAUUGGUGUGUAAGGGCAAUGCUCGCUUCUCCCUUCGGCAGACCUACCUCCCAUCAUCUUCUCCUGCCUGCCAUGCUUUACCCAUUGGUGGUUCUCCUUCAGAGUCAGGACACAGGUCUGGAAGGCCAAGAGCAAUGAAAGUGGAAAAGAAGAGAAAACAAAGGUGGUUUGAGAUAGUCACCUGCUUAUACAUAACAGCUGGACCUGGAAGGCCAGGCUACAGAGUGUAAAAAAACAGCCAGCAGCAGAAGCUCAUCUGGGGAACAUGAAAAUAUGGGCCCUUUGAAGACCACGGGAUUUGCUGGCGAAACCGGAAAUGGAGGAGUUAUUGCAGACAGUCAUGACCCACGAGAUUAUUGUGUAAUUUAAAUAUUUUCUGAUCGUGAUCCAUUCAUGCAACAUUUUGUGGACAUUGUUUACUUAUCUUUUAAAUGUUUCUUUCAUUACAAAGCCUAUUUUAAGUAGCUUUUUAAAACUCGUGCUUCUUCAGCUGGUUCUAGGUCCAAAGACGAGUUUUAUUUUGAAAUACCUGGUGGGCUGGCUGGCGAUGGGGACCAGAUAGCUAAAGUGGGAAAGGAAAGACUAUUUUGGUAUUAAAAGAAUAAACUCCUUAAGCAAA